GGCGCAUUCAAGUCCCGGAGACAGACUGACAAGUUAUCUAAAGUAAUAAUAUUGAGUUCAUUUUGAAAUAUGUGUAAGGGACUCUCCUACCUGCCUUCCUCCUGCUUGGAGAAGGCAAAAGGGAUGCGAGUGAAGCUGAGCCACCUGGCUGAGAUCCACCACAAGCAAAGGGUACACGAUGGAAAAAUCCUUCAGGAUCUGGAAACUCUGCUGGGCAGCAAAAUCGGUCUUCAGGCGUUUCGAGGGUUCCUGCGUUCAGAGUUCAGCGAGGAGAACCUGGAGUUCUGGCUGGCCUGUGAGGACUACAGGGUUUCCCCUUCAAACAUGCAGAAGACCAAAGCCAGCAGCAUCUACAACCAGUUCAUCAACCCCGACGCUCCACUAGAGGUGAACCUGGAUGCUGAGACCCGUGAGGCUCUGCUGAGCAUGAUGGACUCCCCGUGUGCCGACACCUUCAACCUAGCACAGCAGAGGAUCUACAGCCUGAUGGCCAAGGACUCCUUCCCUCGGUUUCUCCGCUCUCACCACUGUGCAGAGGCCAUCAAGGCUUAUUAAACUUCCUAGCUGAAAACGGCUUCAGAAACUAAUCUUUUCUGCUGGACUUGACUGUAAUGUGCAAUUUAUUUUAGCAACACGUUUAGUCAUGCAACAGUCUAUUACAUGCUGUUAGGAACAGUAGCAUUAAAAUGCUUAAAUGUAGAUGAAAAAAAAAAAACUUAAAUAAAGAGUGGGUUAUAUAAAUCUCUGAAUGUUCCGAUUUAUUCAACAUUACUGAAUAGAUUCACUUGUCAAAUUAAGUUUUAAUUUGAUAGAGUUGCAAAUAUAACAUUCCAGAUAUAUAAAGUUUUAACACAGGUUAGGACUGGGCAAUAAAUCAAUAACAUAUAUACACACACA